GGGGAGGCGCGGAACCGGCUGCGGUGGGCAGACGGGAAGACCAUCAAGAAUGAGGUGGACCUGCAGGUGCUGCAUUUGCUGGGGCCAAAGACAGAAGCUGACCUGGAAAAGAAGCCAAAGGCUGCAAAGGCCCGGCCAGCCCCAGCGGAGCAGCAGAAAAAAAAAAGGAGAAUGGUAAGAGACUGCGAGGUGGGCAUGGAGACACAGUCACUGCUCGAGCAGCUGCGCGGAGACGCCCUCACGUUACACAAGCCGGGAGAGAACUACAAGACGGAGGGCUACGUGGUGACGCCCAACACCAUGGCUCUGCUGAAGCAGCACCUGGCAAUCACGGGUGGGCAGGUGCGGACACGGUUCCCUCCUGAGCCCAAUGGGAUCCUGCACAUUGGCCAUGCCAAGGCCAUCAACUUCAACUUUGGCUAUGCCAAGGCCAAUGGUGGCGUGUGCUUCCUGCGCUAUGACGACACCAACCCCGAGAAGGAGGAGGAGAAGUACUUCACGGCCAUCCGGGAGAUGGUGGAGUGGCUGGGCUACCAGCCCUAUGCAGUGACCCACGCGUCAGAUUACUUUGACCAGCUCUACACCUGGGCCCUGGAGCUGAUCCGCAGGGGCCAGGCAUAUGUCUGCCAUCAGAAGGUCGAGGAGAUCAAGGGCCACAACCCGCCGCCCUCACCAUGGCGGGACCGGCCCGUGGAGGAGUCGCUCCUGCUCUUCGAGGUACUCCUGGCUGGGGGAGGGCGCUGCGUGCCCGUGGGGUCCGGGUCCGUGGCUCAGCCAAUGACUGUGGUAUGAGAGGAGGGGAAGCUGGACCCCUUCCCCUACCUUGUCAAGUUCACUCCGCACCACCGCACCGGGGACAAGUGGUGCAUCUACCCCACGUAUGACUACACACACUGCCUCUGCGACUCCAUUGAGCACAUCACGCACUCCCUCUGCACCAAGGAGUUCCAGGCCAGGUGAGCACCGUGCAUGGCACGGCCCAGGGCCGGACCUGGCAGGCUGAACCUGCUCUACACCGUCGUUUCCAAGAGGAAGAUCAUCCGGCUGGUGGAGACAGGUGCCGUGAGGGACUGGGAUGACCCACGGCUCUUCACGCUGACAGCCCUGCGCCGGCGAGGCUUCCCCCCCGAGGCCAUCAACAACUUUUGUGCCCGGGUCGGGGUCACUGUGGCGGAGGUGUCGAGGGAGCCGCAUCUGCUGGAGGCAUGUGCACGGGAGGUGCUGAACGAGCAGGCACCCCGUGCCAUGGCUGUCCUGGAGCCCCUCAAGGUCACCAUCACCAACUUCCCUGCCCCAAAGGCGCUCGAGGUCCUUGUGCCCAACUUUCCAGCUGAUGAGAGCCGGGGUUUUCACAAAGUGCCCUUCCAGCCCACCGUCUACAUCGAGGAGACGGACUUCAGGGAGGAGGUGGACAAGGGCUACAAGCGCCUGGCCCCCGGACAGCCGGUGGGGCUGCGCCACGCUGGCUAUGUCAUCGCCGUCCAGAAUAUCAUCAAGAGGCGCAGGCGCAAGCUCAGCAGUGCUGGAGCAGCAGCGUGGCCAUGCACCAGCGGGCUCUGCUGGGGUCUGUCCGGCUCCUUGGCGGGGAAGAUGCUGCUGUUUUUGCACAAAAAUCCCGAGGACCCAUCAGAAGUGCCUGGUGGCUUUCUGAGCGACCUCAACCCU